AUGCUGCAGCAUAGAUUAAAAUAAUCAAAGGAUAUAACGGAAAUAUUGCAACAAAAAUUGACAUUAAUUAAUAGUUACACAAAGUGCAACAACAAGUUAACAAAACGGCAACAAUUAGUGCGCAACGCUGCAAAUCUAUGAGUUUUGUAAGCCAAAGGACUACGAACAUUGAGUUUCAAUUGCUGCCGAACAGAUAACAAUUAAGAAAAGUGUGUGUUUUUUUAAGGCCAAUUAGCGCGUUUCGUUUCGAUUCGAGUCAAGUUUUGCUGAAGAAUAAAGUCAAAGAGAUGGCCAAGUACUAUAUGACCCUGGCUCUGCUCCUCUGCCUGGCCUUGGAGAACAACAACAUCUAUGCGCGCUCACAUCCCAGCGGCUCGGACGAGGCGGGCAGCCUGCCCCUGGUGCGCGCUCAUCCCCAUUCGAGGCAUCAGCCGCAUCAGCACUCGCAGCAGCUGCAGCAUCAACACGUUCAGCAGCUGCAGCAGCAUCAUACACGCCAGCAGCGCGAUCGUCAGCCGAAACGCAUAGCGCCGGAUCCGACCAGCGAGGAGGAGGAACUGAAUCAGCUGCACUACGAGCAGCGACUGAGGCGACAUCUGCGCAGGCAGCGGGAGCAUCAGCUGGAGCAGGAGCGCAGCUAUCAUCGCGUCUCUGCCACACAGCUGAAAACCAGUCCCAAUCUGUGGCAGCUGCUCAGCCAGGGCUAUCAGUUCGACGACAAGGAGGAGCAACAGGACCAAGCUCAGGACCAAAACCAGGACCUCCCCGAGCUGUUUCCGCCCAUGUUCAAUGACGCGCCCGCUGAUGACCUGAUGCAGCAUGAGGAUUCACAGGAUUACAUUCGCAACGAGCUGCAGCAGAGCCUGGCCGAGCCACCGCCGCCAAUUGUGCUGGAGGAUUCCGCUUCGGCUCAUAGUGCCAGCAGCCAUACGAACGGCACCGCCUCGCGAGGCUGUCCCAAGUGCGAGAGCAAUCGCCAGGUGGAGCACAUCACGGAGGAGGAGUUGCGUCGCCUUCGCAUCGAAUUUGUGAAGCAGCAAAUUCUCGAGAAGCUGCGCCUCAAGGAGAGCCCCAAUGUGUCCGCCGUUGAGCUGCCACGCCCCAUUUUCGAGGGAGUCACUCUGCAGAAUUCAGAAGAGUCCACUAAGAACAAGGACUACGAUGAUUAUUAUGCGCGCACCAAUCAGAAAUUUAUACUCCUCCAAAGAGAAGAAACCGAAUGCCGUCGCCUGGGCGCACAUCCCUCGAUGUGCUUUAGCUUUAAGAUCGACGAUAUGGAUUCAGACGGCUUCGAUGUGAGCAGCGCAGUGCUGUGGCUCUACAAGAACAAGCAGAACUUCUCCAAGUCUAGCAACGGGAGCCAGUCGAACGGGCACCAGCAGAAGCAACAGACCCUGGUCGUAUCCGAGGUGGAGCAGCAGCUCGACACAAAAUAUUUGCCCUUGGCCAAGACCAUAGCCAUACAGUCGGUGGAUGUGCAAGAUGAAUGGAUGAAAAUCAACAUUGAGUGGCCAAUCAAGCGCUGGUUUGGCAAUCACGACCUCAGCCAUCUGAUACAGAUCACCUGCGAAUCGUGUGACAUUGCGAGCAUGGAGGAGAUCAUCUCGGUGAACAAGAACUACAGACCGUUCAUCAUGAUCGACACGCAGAAUCGACGCAGUAAAUCGCGACAGAAACGCAAUAUCAACUGCUCGAGCGGCGUCACCGAAUGCUGUCGGGAGAAGCUCUAUAUAUCAUUCGCCGACAUCGGCUGGGACAACUGGAUAUUGCAGCCAAAGGGCUACGAUGCCUACUUCUGCCGCGGCUCCUGCAGCUCCGUGGCGAGCGUUGCUCAAGCAGCAUCGCAUCACAGCUCAUUGCUGAAAAUCCUUUCAACAAAUGGUACACGCAAACCGCUGGAUCUGAUACCCUGCUGUACCGCCAAACAGUAUUCCUCGUUGCAGUUGGUCGUGCUGGACUCCAACAACUCAGCGACAAUCAAGACCUUGCCUAAUAUGGUCGUUGAGUCAUGCGGCUGCAGAUAGUUACCAAGCAAAGGCUACUCU